AUUCUUACAGUCAGGACCCUUUCUUGAUCUGCUUUUGCCGUCUGACAUUGGCUGGCUGCGCUGGACUUUGCUGUACGCUACUACCCCGCCAUGGCAGAAACUGAUGGAUCGAAGCCCUCUGUCUUGAUCAUUGGGGGACUCGGAUAUAUCGGCCGCUUCUUGGCGAAAUACAUACAUGACAAUGGCCUCGCCUCCGAUAUGAGACUGGUGGACAAACAUUUGCCUGAGUUGGCAAUGCUUGCGCCUGAAUUGAAAGAGGCGUGCUCCCGGGACAGAUUCAUGCAGGCAGACGCGUCAAGAGAGGCUACUCUACAAAAGGUAUUCGACCGUCCGGACGGCGCCCAGUUCGACUAUGUCUUUAAUUGUGGAGGCGAGACACGCUACAGUCAAGAAGACGAGGUCUAUCGCCUGCGUUCUCAUGCUCUCUCGCUCGCUGUUGGCCGCGAAGCCGCAAAGCGCAAAGUUAAAUGCUUCAUCGAAAUGAGCACCGGAAUGGUGUACAAUCCGUCGUCGACGCCUUGCAAGGAGACUGACAAACUCAAGCCAUGGCUCAAGCUCGCAAAGUGGAAACUCACUGCUGAAGAGGACCUCGCCAAAAUUGAGGGCUUGCCACUUCUGAUUCUGCGAUUACCACAUGUGUAUGGUCCGUAUGUAGGAAAGUUCUUGGGGACUGCACUGUGUAUGGCGCGCGUGUACCAGAGCGAGGAGAAGGAGAUGAAGUGGCUGUGGAAGGAAGACUUGCGUACACAUACAGUUCACAUUGACGAUGUAACAGCUGCGGCAUGGACGGCAGCACACUGGUAUUCGAAACAGUCGCCAACGGCCGGGCCGACGGUCUUCAACAUUGUCGACCACGGCGACACGAGCCAGGGCACGCAAGCGCGUAUAUUUCAUGAAAUAUUCAAGAUUGAAACAGGCUUUCAAGGCACGCUGAUCAGCACAUUCGCCCGUAUGCAUCUGGAUUCUGUGGUGGACGAUGUUAACGAAGAGACAAUGGAUCCUUGGGCAGACCUGCUGCUCGACGCGGGAAUUCCAACGAGUGGACCGCUGUCGCCGUUUAUGGAGAAGGAGUUAUUGAAGGAUACCGAUCUGUGUUUGGACGGGAGUGCGUUUGAAAAUGCGACGGGAUUUCAAUAUACACACCCGAAGCUGACGAAGGAGGAGGUGGAGAGUGUCAUUGAGAGUUACAAGCGCAUGAACUGGUGGCCGUGAUGAAAGCAAGGACCGCCCGAUUGACGACUCAUGAUACUCACGGCCGCAUCGCAUCACUUUCGCUCCACGUUUCUCUUACUCUUAUACCAUAAUCAUACCCCCAACAUGCGGCAUGAAUGCAGCUAAUGGCCGUGUUUUUCCCUUGUAUCUCCAGACGCACCCCGGUCCCCGCACAGUAGUAGUGCUCGAGGGCCAGACAUAUGCCCAUCGCCGGCGAACAGUCUUUCCUCUGCAUACGCACAGCCAGGACUAUCCGUCCAUAGCAUCCUCCACGUACUGUACUAUAUAGAGUAGCAUAGCAUAGCAUAUAUAUAUACCAAUCGAUCAC